UCAUUGUAAGAGGAUCUUACCAAUUUUCACUGGACUUUUUUUUUCUUUUAUUCUUUUUUUAAUCGAUAAUAUAAUUUGAAAUCCCUUGCACUGCGCAUGCGCGGGCAUCGGGUCUGCGUCCGGCCGCGGGCCCACUCCGCCUUCAGCCUUGAACGCGGACGGGCUCGUCGCGUUCCGGCGAUCCGGAUCCAGCCGGUCGGGCGGAGGCUCGCUCGAACCCCGUCUGCCGCCCGGGAUGGCCAGUGCUGUCACGUGACGGGACCAUAUCUUCACGUGGUGUUUGUCGUCGUUGCCACCGCCUUCUUCGUCGCAAUCUACGCAGUGGUGGAACUACUAAGGGGCGAAGGAGGCAGCUGCCCCUGCUCUAGAGGUUACCCCGUGUGCCCCUUGCAGGUUUUAAUGUAGAUUAUAGUGGAAGCUAUAUUGCAGUCCUACAGCUGAAACUGUAUAACGCAAAUCGCUUCUGCUCAAGUUCCUAGAUCAGACAACUGAUUGACAGAAUCAUGACUUUGUAUAUCAUCGCCCACUGAUAUAUACACUUGAAGUUUGCUGUACGUGAAGUCUCAUUUCCCCAACACCCUCUGUCAAAACAUUUUUCCUUUCUCCACCUUCCCUAAGGCUAAAACGGCUAAUGAUUCUAUAACUUUGAAACUAACACCUGCUGUCUCAUUCCAGUGGCGUUCCAAAGGUCAAGUGACAAGUUCUUGAUAACAUUCUGUUUAAUAUGAUAUGUAGAAAUGGACAAAUAUUCCAAAAAUUGUUUUGAAAACAAGUGUUUGGAUCUUUAGGUAACAAUAUGUUAAAUGUAAACUUCCUCACUGAUAUUGCAGCCUCUAUUUUGCAAUAUGUUUCCUCACUGGCAAGUUACCUUGACCUCGAGAACCAAAUUCCGCGUUCUUGGUUAACACGGCAAGGAUACCCACACAAGGAUCCUCUUAUGUUCCGAUAGGCACUUGAAGCAGAGAUUCCGACUAUCCAAGGGGACAGGGAUUCGAAGUCACACCCAGCCGACCCAGAUAGGAUUGCAGAGGAGAGCAGGCCAAAGGAGAUCAUUGCCAUUCCUGCACCACCAAAGCAGCUUGAUAUUAGUGUUUUAUUACAGAGCAGGAGGAAAAAAGUAAACUUAAGUAAAUUUUUUUCAUGAUAACUGAAACAGUAAACAUUACCUCUA